AAUCGUCAAAAUAAAACAAAAUAACAAAUUUGAUAAUCUUGAAACAAAACAUAAUUGUGAAUGAAAUAAUAAACUGUAUGAAAAAACAAAAAAUAUUAUCCAGUCCGGAGACAGAAAAAGCAACACCAUAACACGACUUUCAAUUAAAACACAAACACACAUGUACACAAACAUAGAUAGUAGUUAUCAAGUAAUAAAUUAAUCUCUCUUUAUUGGCUAUUCUUAUCACAUACAUUUACUCAUUACAUAGAUGUUUUAUCUCUCUCAUUUGAACGUAAGAGAAGAGUAAAUUUGAUAUUCACUUAGCUUAUUAUUCACUUAGCUUUGUAAAAUUUUCAAGAGUAAUAGGAAAUGAAGCCAAUUAUUCUAGUACAUGGUGGUGCUGGGGAUAUCCCCUCCAGUAGAGUUAAGGGCAAGUUAGAUGGAUCGAAAGCAGCAGCAAGAGCAGGCUAUGAAGUUCUUAGUAAAGGAGGCACUGCUUUAGAUGCUGUUGAAGCUGCUGUGGUGUCAAUGGAAAAAGAUGAAAACUUUAAUGCAGGGUAUGGUUCUGUGUUGAAUUUACGAGGAGAAGUUGAGAUGGAAGCAAGCAUAAUGCGAGGCUCAGAUCUUAAUGUUGGUGCUGUUACUUUAGUGAAGGAAUUCUUGCAUCCUAUAAGUAUAGCCCACAAAGUGCUUACAGAUUCACCACAUUCCUUAUUGGGAGCGGAAGGAGCUAAAUUAUUUGCAUUAGAAAAGGGAUUUCAAACAGUGAAGCCAGAGUCACUAAUAAGUGAACAUGCUAAACAAGCUUUGAGUGAUUUCCUAAAACAUGGAGAAUUUGGCAAAACAGAAAUAGGUGAAAAAGACGAGGGUGGAGUAGGCACGGUGGGCGCAGUGGCGGUUGACGCUCACGGCCACGUUGCAGUGGCCACCAGCACGGGCGGCAUGAGUGGCAAGGUGGUUGGCCGCAUCGGAGAUACACCGCAAAUUGGGAGCGGCACUUACGCCGAUGACUUUAUAGGCGGGGUUUCUACUACAGGACAUGGUGAAUCCAUAUUGAAAUACUGUUUGGCUCACAGCAUUAUAAAGCUCAUGGAAAGUGGACUGGAUGCACAAACUGCCACAAUGCAAGCAGUAGAAGGCAUGACGUCGCGGUUGAAGAACACUGCGGGUGCUAUAACUUUGUCCAAAGAUGGCGAUGUUGGCAUCCACUUUAGCUCCCACAGGAUGUCCUGGGCAUAUGUCAAAGAUGACAAGAUUUUUUAUGGAAUCAAUCACAAUGAAACUUUUGAGGAACCAUAUUAACAAAAUUGUCACAACUAUUUAAGACUGAGAAUUUGAAUUACAUUUUUAUUUACAUUCAUUACAUAUUCAUUAUGCAAAUAAUGAUUUUCUAGAAAUAAAAAUCUAUGAAGUUUAAAAA